GGUCCUUGGGCCUAUAUAAGACAACCGCAACCUCUUUUUCCUCUCUCCAAUACAACUCUUCAAUUUUGAACAAGUCUUUCCUUUUACAAUCUUCCAUAUUCAUAUUCCUAUUCUUAUCAAGUAUCAAAUCUAAUACUCCUUUCUCUACACUCAUGGGCGAGCAAAAGGAAGCCGCAAAGAAUGACGGAGAUAAAAAACCUGCCGCCGCCGCCGUUGCUCCUGAUGCCGGCGCCAAGAAGGACGACGGACCAGUCCCCAUCGUUCUGAAGCUUGAUCUACAUUGCGAGGGUUGCGUUAAGAAAAUUAAACGAGCAAUCACUAAGAGUUUCCAGGGUAUUGAUAAGGUGACUGGUGACAUCGGUGCUAAUAAACUGACCGUAAUCGGGAAAGUGGAUCCGGUAGCCGUUAAAGAGAAGGUGGAGCAAAAAAUCAACAAGAAAGUUGAGCUUGUCUCUCCUUUGCCGAAGAAAGAUGCCGGAGGUGAUAAGAAACCGGAAGAAGCUAAACCGGCGGCGGAAAAGAAACCCGCCGAGGAGAAGAAGCCUGCCGAAGUUCAAAAGCCAAAACAGAGUACGGUGGUUUUGAAGAUCAGGUUGCAUUGCGAGGGUUGCAUACAUAAAAUAAAGAAAAUUAUCUCCAAAAUCAAAGGAGUUGAAUCAGUAGAGAUUGAUGGUGGCAAAGAUUUGGUUACCGUGAAGGGCACGAUGGACGUGAAAGAGCUUUCUCCUUAUCUCCAAACUAAGCUCAAGAGAAGCGUAGACGUGGUUCCUCCGCCGGCUAAGAAAGACGACGGUGCUAAGGCUCCCGCCGGUGAUAAGAAAGACGCCGGUGCCGGUGAUAAGAAGGGCAAAGAUGCCGCACCUGCACCUGCCGGUGAAGAAAAGAAGAAGGAAGAGAAGAAAGAAGGAGGUGGGGAAAAGAAAGCCGAUGGAAAAGCCCCAGCCGCCGCCCCGGUCGCCGAGGCUCCGGCUACGAUUGUGAACAAGAUGGAGUAUUUUGGGUACGGUCAGCCAUCGGCGAUGUAUUAUGAGGAUCCUGUUUCGGCUCACAACCGUUACGUUAUGGAGGCCCACGCGCACCAGGCGUUCGUGAAUGACAACUACGCAGCGAACCACGGUUAUCCGAUGAACAAUGGCUACGGCGUUCCUAUGGACCCUUACCACGCGCCUCAAAUGUUCAGUGACGAAAAUCCUAAUGCAUGUUCCGUAAUGUGAUCGAUGACCGUUCGAUGGAUCCUACGGCUAAAAUUGGAGAUUGGGUUAUUCAUAGGGUACUAAAAUUCAAGCUGUAAAUAAUAAUAGUACUAAUAAACAUAUAAAAAAGGAGUAAAUAUUAUAUGUAAUAGAGAAACGACAGGGAAAUGAUGAACAAAAGGACAUAGGCGAAAUUACUGAGGGAGAGACAAAAUACAAGAAUUUUCUUUAUUUUGUCGUUUUUUCUUAUUAGAUAGGGGUUUGGUUAAACUAAGCCGGCUCGUGGUGGUGAAAGCUGGUUUCAGUUGGUGGUUUGGUUGGUAUGGUGGUGGUUGUUUGUUACUUUUGUUUUUUGUUUAAAAAAUUUUGAUGUAAUUUUUUAACUAAUAUAAAUAAUAUCGUUAAUUACAAAAUUAAACAAAAA